AUGGCAAACGACAACAAGCAAGAGGCGGGACCUGAUCCAAUCUUGCUCUCGCUCUUCGCGAACCGGUUCAUGUCGGUCGCCGAGUCUAUGGGCAAAUCGCUACAGCAGACCUCGAUAUCAACUAACAUCAAGGAGCGACUCGACUUUUCCUGCGCGCUUUUCAGCCCUGAUGGUUCGCUAGUAGCUAAUGCACCGCAUCUUCCUGUUCAUCUCGGAUCCAUGUCCUUCGCUGUCAAGUUCCAAGUCGACUAUCUCGCCUCGAUUGGAGAGAAGAUGAAGCGCGGCGAUGUCAUCAUGGCCAAUAUGCCUAUGGCGGGUGGAUCGCAUCUACCGGAUAUCACCUGUAUCACACCUUGCCAUGCACAAGAUUCGGACGAGAUCAUCUUUUUCUGUGCGAGCCGAGGCCACCAUGCUGACAUCGGUGGUAUCACGGCUGGUUCGAUGCCACCAAUGUCCAAGACACUGUUCGAGGAAGGUGCUAGGAUCAAAUCGUUCAAAAUCGUCAGCCAAGGCAAGUUUGAUCGAAAAGGACUGGAAAAGUAUAUGUUGGAAGAACCGGCACAGUACCCAGGCUGCUCAGGAACAAGGUGUUUCCGUGAUGUCGAAAGCGAUUUACGGGCACAGAUCGCCGCCAACCAGAAGGGCAUCAACCUCAUCCACGCGUUGGUGGCAGAGUGGGGACUGGAGAAAGUGCAGCAGUAUAUGGAGUAUAUUCGUAGCAACGCGGAAAAGGCAGUUCGCUCGUUGCUGCGGAAUGUGGCAAGCCGACAAGGCACAAAGCUUCAUGCCAUUGAUUACAUGGAUGAUGGAACGCCUAUCGAACUGAGCGUUGAUAUUGACACACAAAACGGAUCGGCGAUUUUCGACUUUCAAGGAACAGGUCCCGAGGUGGCCGCCAACUUUAAUUGUCCUCGAUCCGUCGUUUCAAGUGCCAUCAUCUACUGUCUUCGAUCGAUGGUUACUAGCGAGAUCCCUCUGAAUCAGGGUUGUUUGACGCCGAUCGACAUUCGCAUCCCCAACGGCUCUCUGCUAGACCCGAGCGAGACCGCAGCUGUGGUGGGAGGUAACGUGCUCACCAGUCAACGAAUCACCGACGUAGUGCUCAAAGCUUUCAACGCUGCAGCGGCGAGUCAGGGAGAUACCAACAAUCUCACUUUCGGUCUUGGAGGCAAGGACAAAGACGGAAACCACGUUGAAGGCUUCGGAUACUACGAGACCAUCGCUGGUGGUUCUGGUGCCGGACCGUACUGGCAUGGUACCUCGGGCGUCCACACUCACAUGACCAACACGCGCAUCACCGAUCCAGAAAUCAUGGAGAGAAGGUAUCCUGUUGUGCUGCGCGAGUUUUCGUUGAGAGAUGCGUCGGGUGGCGAGGGAGAAUUUAGGGGCGGAGACGGUGUGGUCAGAGAUAUCGAGUUUCUCAGUCCGGGUAUCCAGGUGUCGAUCUUGAGCGAGAGGAGGGUGUUUCAGCCAUUUGGGCUGGAAGGGGGCGAGGGUGCGAAGAAGGGGAUCAACCUGUGGAUCAAGCAGCGGAGGCACGAGGAUGGAGAUCUGCGGGAGGGCGAGGAAGAGGGCAAGGCGCCGCCCCGGGUCAUCAACUUGAGUGGCAAGAACACCACACCGAUGGGAAGAGGCGAUAGGAUCGUGAUACAAACGCCUGGUGGUGGUGGAUGGGGCAGCAAACCCUCAAGCUAUACUAAAACGCAGAAGGUUGACAGUGAGAUGGAGGAAACGAAAGAACACCAAGGUGCGGAGAACGAAGCGAGGAACAAGGCCCCGAUCAACGAACGUAACGCAUCAGGUAGGAUGGCGCCACUGCUAAACGAUCCCAGCACGCCCAGCGGCGUGAUGGUAAAGAGCGGGGAUAACGUCGAUCCUCGUAGCACGCACGGUGUCAUCAGGAAGGAAGCGCAUCACGCGACAAGGACCAAGGGAAGCAUUGCUGAAUGGAGCUCGUUGCAGCUUGGCGCAUGA